GAAUGCCCGAGCCAGCCAAGUCCGCCCCAGCGCCCAAGAAGGGCUCCAAGAAAGCCGUCACCAAGGUCCAGAAGAAGGACGGCAAGAAGCGGAGGAAGAGCAGGAAGGAGAGCUAUGCCAUCUACGUCUACAAGGUGCUGAAGCAGGUCCACCCCGACACCGGCAUCUCCUCCAAGGCCAUGGGCAUCAUGAACUCCUUCGUCAACGACAUCUUCGAGCGCAUCGCAGGGGAAGCCUCCCGCCUGGCUCACUACAACAAGCGCUCCACCAUCACCUCCCGGGAGAUCCAGACCGCCGUGCGCCUGCUGCUGCCCGGAGAGCUGGCCAAGCACGCCGUCUCCGAGGGCACCAAGGCCGUCACCAAGUACACCAGCGCCAAGUGA